CUGAGAUAUUGUGAUUUUUCUCAUGUCUUUCCACUUUAGGAGGACUGUCUAGUGUCUUCAUGCUGGUUUGAUAGCUACCGUUAAAAAGGAGAAGAAGAAGAAUGGCUUCAUCACAUGAGACCGGUUUUGUUUUUUCCAACGGGUUUAAGCCGGUGAAAGCUUUCCUUUCCCGGAAGCCGUGAAUGCGUCGUGAGGGUAAAACGAAGAUGGCGUGUUGUGGAAACUGUUUUUGUUGCCAGUCCUGCUGCAGGGAAGGAGAGACACGGACGCCAGAGGAACUGACGAUCCUCGGGGAAAUCCGAGAUGAAGAGGAUGAGAUUCUACCCAGGAAAGACUACGAGAGUUUGGACUAUGACCGCUGCAUCAGUGAGCCCUAUGCAGAGGUUCUGGAGGGGAUGGACAACAAGAAAGCCAAAAAGUACGAGGCCGUUCGGUGGCUGAUGGUUUUCGCCAUCGGGGUCACGGUCGGUCUGGUCGGCCUGUUUGUGGAUUUCUUUGUUCACCUCUUCACCAAAAUCAAAUUCACCAUGGUUGGUUCUACUGUAGAGAAGUGCAGUGGUAACGGCUGCCUGUUCCUGUCUCUGCUGGAGCUCCUGGCGUUCAACAUGACCUUCAUCUUUAUUGCCAGUAUGCUCGUCCUCAUCGAGCCCGUGGCUGCAGGUUCAGGGAUCCCAGAGAUCAAAAGUUACUUGAACGGAGUGAAGAUCCCUGGAAUUGUCCGGCUACGAACGUUUCUGUGCAAGGCCGUCGGAGUCCUGUUCAGUGUGGCCGGAGGUCUGUUCGUGGGGAAAGAAGGUCCGAUGAUUCACAGUGGAGCCAUCGUGGGAGCUGGACUUCCUCAGUUUCAGAGCAUCACUUUCAAGAGGAUCAAUUUUGAUUUCCCGUACUUCCGCAGUGACAGGGACAAGCGGGACUUUGUCUCAGCCGGCGCUGCAGCCGGAGUAGCCGCUGCCUUCGGGGCUCCGAUAGGUGGCACCCUCUUCAGCCUGGAGGAGGGAUCCUCAUUCUGGAACCAGGCCCUCACAUGGAAAGUGCUCUUCUGUUCCAUGUCGGCGACCUUCACUCUCAACUUCUUCCGUUCGGGCAUCAACUUCAACAAGUGGGGUUCGUUCCAGCUGCCCGGUCUGCUCAACUUUGGCGAGUUCAAGUGCGCAGACGGAGAUAAGAGCUGCCACCUGUGGACGGUGGUGGACCUGGCCUUCUUCGUCCUGAUGGGCCUGGUGGGCGGCCUGCUGGGGGCGCUGUUCAACUGUGUGAACAAGAGACUGGCCAAGUACCGGAUCAGACACAUCCACCCGAAGGCCAAGUUUAUCAGAGUUCUGGAGAGUCUGCUGGUUACCAUGGUGACGACGGUGGUGAUAUUCGCAGCUUCAGUGUUGUUGGGCGAAUGUCGUGACCUGUCCUCCCCCACAACCCACAACAUCACGCUGAGCGGCAGUGAGGACAUCAACUCGACCAUUCGCCAGUACUUCUGUUCCAACAAGACCUACAACGACAUGGCGACUCUGUUCUUUAACCCGCAGGAGGCUGCCAUCCUCCAGCUCUUCCACCAGGACGGAACCUUCAGCCCUGUGACUCUGUCCGUGUUCUUCCUGCUGUACUUCCUGUUGGCCUGUUGGACCUACGGCGUGUCUGUACCCAGCGGCCUCUUCGUCCCGUCGCUGCUGUGCGGCGCAGCUUUUGGACGUCUGGUUGCCAACAUCCUCAAAGUGAAACUGGGGAUGGACAUUUACUCGGGGACCUUCGCCCUCAUCGGAGCUGCCGCCUUCCUGGGAGGAGUGGUCAGGAUGACCAUCAGUCUCACCGUCAUCCUCAUCGAAUCCACCAAUGAGAUCACAUACGGGCUGCCCAUCAUGAUCACCCUCAUGGUCGCCAAGUGGACGGGAGAUUUCUUCAACAAGGGCAUCUACGACAUCCACAUCGAGCUGAAAGGAGUGCCGCUGCUGGAGUGGGAGACGGAGCUGGAGAUGGACAAGCUGACGGCCAGCGACAUCAUGGAGCCCAACCUGACCUACGUCUACCCCCACACCCGGGUCCAGUCCCUGGUCAGCAUCCUGCGCACCACCGUGUACCACGCCUUCCCCGUGGUCACCGAAAACCGGCAGAACGAGCGCGACUUCAUGAAGGGCAACAUCCUGAUCAGCAACAACAUCCGCUUCAAGAAAUCCACGGUGGUGUCCCGGGCGGGGGAGCAGAGGCGGCGCUGUCAGUCCAUGAAGUCGUACCCGUCCAGCGAGCUGAAGAACGUGUGCGACGAGCAGGGUCCCGCGGUGGAGCCGGCGGAGGAGGGGGAGGACCUGCUGCAGCAGAUGUUAGAGAGGAGACAUGCCCCGUACCCCAACCUGUACCCGGACCAGUCCCCCAGCGAGGAGUGGACCAUGGAGGAACGCUUCAGGCCGCUCACCUUCCACGGCCUCAUCCUGCGCUCGCAGCUCGUCAACCUGCUGGUCCGGGGGGUUUGUUACGCUGAGAACCAGUCGAGCACCACUCAGCCCCGGCUGUCGUACGCGGAGAUGACCGAAGAUUACCCCCGUUACCCCGACAUCCACGACCUGGACCUGGCGCUGCUCAACCCCCGGAUGAUCGUGGAUGUGACGCCCUACAUGAACCCGUGUCCUUACACGGUUUCACCAAACACCCGCAUCUCACAGGUGUUCAACCUCUUCAGGACCAUGGGGCUGCGACACUUACCCGUGGUCAACGCUGUGGGAGAAAUUGUUGGAAUAAUAACGAGACACAAUUUAACUCACGAGUUCCUUGUGGCCAAACUGAGACAGCACUACAUCACUAUUUGACCGUUCAACCGUGGACAACUCUGCCCCCCCCGAAGAAGAAGAAGUCCCCCCCGAAACUCUGCCCCCGGUCCUGAGCUGAGCUGAGCCCAGUCUGGGUCCCUUUCUAACAAGCAUGUAGGCUUUUCUCAAACACAUCAAGGAUCUCCAGACAGAACCCAACGUUCUCUGUUCUCCGUGCUCCAGUAAGAAACAGUGAAUCCACAGAAACCACCCACACUGAUGUUACAUGAACCCCCCCCCCUCCAGCAUUCAGACUGUGAGCAACAGGACGGAGGUUGUUUUAGUUCUGGCUGGCACACUGGCCUCGCAGCAUUUCAGAGCAGCAGCUAUCGGAGCAGUUAUUUUGGUAACUACUUAUGGAUCACAAGUCUUAUCGCAAGCUAAACAAAACAAACUGCGGGUAGAGGGAGCUAGAAAAAAAGUUGCAGGUGGUUCGCGCUUUCUUGUAAGUUUAUAAACUUCUCAGUCGCUUCUCUGCGUCGUCAACGUUGGACGUAGCUGCUCCAACGACGCUGUUAAGCCACGUAGCUGGAAAAAAAAGCAGCAUACGUGGUGUCUGGCCACUUAACCAUGAGGUACUUUUGCGUAGGUGCACAUUGGAUUACCGUAAUUAUGUCACGGUUUGGGCCAUCAGAAAAAUUCUGAUGGCUUUCUCGUUGCGCUUUCAUGCAGUCAUUACGGUAAUUUCUCUUACGCCUCUUUCAGACUUUUUUUUCAUGUUUUCUGACCUUUUUAUUGUCAAAAUAAAACACAUUGUGAGGUUUAGGUGAACCAAGCUGAGAUUUGAAGCUGAUAGUGUUGCUCACAGUUUGAAGCCCAGAGCACAAAACAACAACAACUACCAAAGUGGAACAUCACCCACAGAGGGCUCCUUACUUCCUUCAACACCGAAUGUUUCUUUUGACCUUUUUGUCGUUACUGCAGCACUUUUAUUUUAUUUUACUUUCCUGUCAGUAUGUUUUUUUUUUUUCCAUUUACUGUGUGAUUGACUGGAACAUAAUGCACUAAGAGGCCGGACCACAUCCUGACCACACUACCAGUUGUUUGCAAGACUUUGACUGUUCAGACUUUGCAUUAAGAUCCGAUCGCAAGUGACCAGCUUCACACCAGGCAUUAAUUAAUUAAUUCAUUCAUUCAUUAAUUAAUUAAUUGUGUUUACAAAUGUGUCUCCAGCUCUGACGUCAGCUUCGUGCUCUGCAUAAAACGUCAUCUGGGGCGUAGUAGAUGGACGGGAUCGAUCUCUGCUGCUGUUUCAGAACCAUGAACAGCGACAGUUUCCGUGUGUGACUUUUGCACAGACACGUAAUCUCAGAAAGGUAAUUUAAAUAUAAAUGAUUAUCUUUUCUAAUGAUCAAGAAUUAACAACACGCUGAUAUGUUUUCAUUCUCAGGUUAAACACUUUAAUUAGUAAAUUCUAGCUUAGAUUUAUUUAUUUUUUUUAAGUUGAUUAACAGCUACAAGGACAGAAUAAUUAGAAAGCGUCUCAUUAAUAAUGAACAGACUCGCUCACGGUGCUUUUUUUCUGAAUGAACAGCUGCGUUUCCAUUACACUUUUUUGCAGAAUCAGAAUCAGAAUCACUUCAUUGAUCCCAAUUAUGUUUUAUUACAGCUGCUCCUCCUCAGAGUGUAGGAGAGCAAAGAGCAAUGAUUAUGCAUUUAGAAUAAGAAUAAAAAUAUUAAUAAAUAUAUAUAUAUAUAUAUAUAAAUAUGUACAAGUGAACAGAACAAAGUAAAAGUGAGAAGUAAAAUAGCUCUUUGUCCGUGUUUCCAGUGAAAGGUGUUUUGAGAAUGAGCUGACUUCAAAGGAAAUGCACCUUUAUGAUAAACUAUCGACACGUCUGGAAAAACAACCUCACUACAACGUAAAAAUUCAGAUUUAAGCGACAUUUGAGAGGUUUUUCAAAGUGUAGAUGUUUCCAUUACCAGUUUUUUAUUGCAGAUAUUCAGGUUUUGUGCACAGAAACGCAGCAGAUGAGGUCGGAUGUUUCUCGAUUUCUUUCACGCUGGUCACUUACAAUCAGAUUCUCUAGAUUUGAUCUUAGUUCAGGGUCUGAACGAAACCUCUGACGGUCGAUUCCAAACUGCACACGACGCGUUUAACCACUUCAUCUUUACGUUAAGUGUUUCUUCUUUCUAAUAUAAUCAGUUCAGCAUUAGUUUUAUUUCAGCCUCAGACCAAGUCUCUGUUAUGUAAUAGACACUUAAGAUCUUUUAAAGACAACUGUAACAGUCCUAGAAUAGAAGAACCGGUUCAUAAAGAUCCCAAACCGUUAAACUCUCUUCUUUAACCGUUUUGGACCUGAAUGAAAGAGCCUCCGUAAAAACCGGCUUAUGAAGUAUUUUAAUGUCGAUCCUGCGCCGUUAGUUUCCAGCAGUAGGAUGUGAUUUAAGUGAAUCUUUCUUCGCUUAAAGGGACUAAAAAUGUGAGCGAAGGCAGAAGGAAGUGAAUCUAUUAUUUAAUUGAUGUGAUUUGCAUUGAAUAUACUCACCACAGCGGCACAUGAACAUUCCUCGUUUUGUUUUAAUUUUUUUUGCUUUCAGAUGUAUUUAAGAGAAUAUUUUUAUAUGAUUUUGUUUUUAAUUUGCUUCCAGAGCCGUGAAAGAUUAAAAUGCAUUUCUGAGUGGACAGUAUUUUUUUUUUUUUUUUUUGUUUGUUUCUUUUAAAUAUAUGUAUAUUGUGGUGAUUUUCUCAGUUGUUUUAAGAUGAUUAUUGUUACGUUGUGCGCACUAAGCCGCCAUUAACGAGGUGCAGUGUGUGUGAGGUUAGGACGGACGGUGGAUGGUACGUACGAGUUCCACCGCGGAGCCUGUUCCCUGGUGACGCUGCCGGUUUCUACGUGUGUCGUAGACGUGAAGAAGAGAAGCAGAUGGAACAAUCAAACAGCCGAAGGAACCGGGACAGAGCUCUCGUCUUGCUGUCUUGUGCCUUUAAAUAAAGGUCUUUAAGAUUU